AACAACCAACCAGCAGGGCGAAUGCACGUUGGUUAAUUUCCCUAUGGAAGUCGUUCAAAAGUCAUUUAAUUCUUGCGAUGAACGGACGUUUAUUUUGUUCGAUUAGUAGACUGUUUUGGUUCCGCCAUGCAAGACUUGUACGAUUGCUAUUUCUACGCCUACUGUAACGCUAGUUCUAGUGUCCACUGUCAAAAUAAGCUGAACGGACAAGUGACAUUUGAAACAACCAAUGGUCUGUGGGAUGAUGAGUGUGAAAGUGAUGAAAUUGAUUGUAACCCAGAAACGCUGGAUGACAAACAAAAUCAGUUUUGUGAACAUGAAUGCAGUAACCAGUACGCACAGAAUGAUAAGCAUUCAAAAAAUAAAAACGUUCAGUCACCAUCGUCAUCAUCAUCAUGCUCCUCACUUCUCCUAGCAACUCACUGCUGUGCAACGACAUCAACAGCGAGCAGCGAUCAAAACAUUCAACACCACCACUACCACCGCCAGCGAUCCGGGAAGUACACCCUCAUCGAGAGACGCAACCAACGGGAACGUGUUCGUGUGCGUGCCGUGAACGAAGCCUUCGCUAGACUCCGCCAGGUGGUGCCAGCGACACGUUUCUCACCGAAGCGCGUGUCGAAAGUGAAAACGCUGAAACGUGCCGUCGAGUACAUCGGCGAUCUGCAACGGCGCCUGGACACCAUCGAGAGCAUGCUGCUCAACGAUUCAACGCUUUCGUCCACGCUCGCGGGUGGUGCUGCGGCCAGAUGGGAAGGGACCGGCGGAUAAUUGCGAAUCGCUUGGAGUUGGAGUUUAGAAGGUCUUACGCCUCAUGCCAUCAG